CUCGACUCCUACUUUUUUGUCGGGACCAGGGAGCAGCGGAGCUGGAAUAAAAGACAAGAAACGAAAAGAAAACACAGCCUAGUAACAACUCAUGGAAAUCUACGAGGUCUCCGUUUAACUGCCUACGAUGCAAGCGGGCGUGCUCUCGCCGUGAGUUCCCUGGAGGAGGUUUUUUGGUUUGGUGCUGUCUGCCAUCAUGUUGAGUUUCCUUCGCAGGACGUUGGGGCGGCGCUCCAUCCGCAAACAUGCAGAAAAGAGCCGCCUGCGAGAGGCCCAGCGGGCCGUAACACACAUCCCUGCAGCUGGAGAGGCAAAGUCUGUCAUCACCUGCCGUGUUUCCUUACUGGAUGGGACGGAUGUCAGUGUUGACCUUCCGAAAAAAGCCAAAGGUGAGGAACUGUUUGAACAGAUCAUGUACCAUCUGGACAUCGUAGAGAAAGAUUACUUUGGACUACGCUUCAUGGAUUCUGCACAAGUUCCGCAUUGGCUUGAUGUUACAAAAAGCAUAAAAAAACAAGUGAAAAUUGGCCCACCGUAUUGCCUUCACAUGAGAGUCAAAUUCUAUUCUUCCGAACCAAACAACCUGCACGAAGAACUCACCAGAUAUCUAUUUGUGUUACAAUUAAAACAAGAUAUCCUCAGUGGCAAGCUAGAAUGUCCAUUUGACACAGCGGUGGAGUUGGCUGCCUUCUCGCUACAGGCCGAGUUAGGAGAUUGUGACCCGCUAGAACAUAGUUUAGAGCUGGUGUCAGAGUUCCGGUUCAUCCCUGAGCAGAGGGAGGACGUGGAGUUGGCGAUGUAUAACGGAUGGAAGGAGUGCAGAGGUCAGACACCAGCUCAAGCUGAAAUUAACUAUUUGAAUAAAGCGAAGUGGUUAGAAAUGUACGGUGUGGACAUGCACAUGGUCAAGGCAAGAGACGGUAAUGAGUACAGUCUGGGUCUGACGCCCACUGGAGUUCUGGUGUUUGAAGGCCAAACCAAGAUUGGGCUCUUCUUCUGGCCCAAGAUAACUCGCCUGGAUUUCAAGAAGAGCAAACUGACACUUGUGGUUGUGGAAGAUGAUGAACAGGGGAAGGAACAGGAGCACACGUUUGUCUUCAGAAUGGACCAUCCCAAGGCCUGUAAGCACCUCUGGAAGUGUGCAGUGGAGCACCAUGCUUUCUUUAGGCUGAGAGGGCCGGUUCAGAAGAACGCUGCACGACCUGGAUUCAUACGCAUGGGAUCACGCUUCAGAUACAGUGGAAAGACUGAGUAUCAGACAACCAAGGCCAGUAAAGUGAGGCGGUCAGCCUCGUUUGAAAGGAGACCCAGUCGGCGUUACUCCAGAAGAACCAUGCAGAACAGAGGACUAAUGGCCCCUCAGGAGGUUAUAUCUUCGGGCAAUGGAGUCAGGUCCAGCAGGGACAACAAGAUUACUCCCAGCAGAGGUGCAUGGCCUGUGGUCAGCCCGGCUGCAGCGUCUGCCUGUGCACCCAUGGAAAUUGAAGCUCUGCCAAGAAGUCCAGGAGGAGAAAAAAGAAGCUUGCCCAUGGCUGCCGACCUGUUGGAGACGUGCAUUGAUGACGUCCUCAAGGCUCCUGCCGCUCCCUCAGUUACAAGUGCAGAGGAACUGGGACAAAGCAAUGCCUACGCCGCUUGCAGUGGGGCAUCUGAUGAUUUCAGUCUGGCUGAAGCAGCAGCUCGUCUGAAGCAGCUGGAGUUGGAGGGUAGUCCGCUUCUGACUCCUCUCAGAAACAAUAUCAACGUUAAUAUUGCCAUGAACAAUCAGGAGGACGUGGUGAAGCUCACGGAGAAGUGCAGCCUGAACAGCACGGGCAGCAGUCCAGUCGUCACUCCACUGCGCACCCCAGAGGACCUGAAGAGCAACAUCCUGAAAGCGCAGGCUGAGGCCGGCACCCUCAAGGGACCUUCAGAGGAGCAUGUGCUAAUGGUUGGAGAUAAGAACUGUAACUUGCAGGAAGCUUCUGCCAGAUUGAAAGUACGUACUGGGCGACUGGGCAGUAACACAUCUCUGACUGUUGCCAGUCGUCCUGACAUCCAAGACUCCUGGGAUCUGCUCAAGCCCGCCUCGCUGGUCUCGUCUGCCACUCCCAGUGCUGAGAGGUUAGCAGAGGACUUAAACCCGUCUGUUUCCAUGAUUCCAGCUGCCAUCGAAGGCUCGGCUCCGAAGGUUAAAGCAGAGGAUUUUGACCUCCACGUCGCUCCCCUGCUGUCUGAAAACCUGAUCGACUUCACUGAUCCAACUCCUCUGCUCCCGCCAGGGCAGCCCAAACCUCUGAUCACACCUCGCUGGAUCAUUCCUUCAACCGCUCCUCCUGGCAUCUUUACUAACGGCCUGCUCGACAUAGACCCCCCAUCUAAGGUCUCCCCUCUUCUCCCUGCUGAUCGGGCAGCACCUCUUACCCCAGCCCCUCCCCACCUCGAUCACACACGUAAUGCCAUCUCUGCCAGCACCGCAGGUCAGACACCAGCCACGGAGGAUGCAACCAAACUCAGAGGCCUCUUGACCACUGAGCUCUGAUGAAGGGGAGAGCAGCCAUCGCCACAUCCUUCAUCUUCCUGACUGCUUUCCCACAAACUGUGGCUCAGAGGAAAGGAAGAGGCAGCUUACAAGCAACACAGCCACAGUUUUAGUUGCAUUCACAGUGACAAAGGAACUUCACGCUGAUCAACCUGAUGCUGUUGUCAUGUUCAAACUAUCUCAUGUUGUACAUUGUUCAAAAACAAACGUGUAUUAACAUCCUAAGAGAGAAGCUCUGCCUCCCACCAGCCGCACCGUCUCCCAGCAGAUGUUCCUGUUGGAGCUGAAACUCAGAAAUCUGUGACCUCACAGCUUCAGACUCGUGAAUGAAAGGUGACUGUAAAGGUGUGUUGAUGCUGCUGUUGCGCUGGCAGCGUGUCCUGCACCUGCAUGAACACAGAGCUGCUGAAGAACACUGGAUGGAGAACUGAGAAGACAAGAGGCAUGAAACCUCAAGAUGUUGAUUUCUAACUGUCCUCUACACACGACGACACACAUGUCGCUAUCCUUGUAGCACAAACACUACAGAUCUUUGUUUUUUAGCUAGUUACAUGUGAAAAUUGUCUUGCAGCCACUGGAAAUGAGAUCUUCACUGGAUUUUCUCUGCAACACUGGACCUUCCAGCUGAUGAUGAUGAUGACGACGAUGAUGAGAAAUUACCAUUUUGAUUUUACAGAUUUUUUUAUUACCCUGUUCUUAAUUUUUUUUUUUUCUUCUUUUGGUUUUUGAUGACUGAAAAUGCACAUUGCAAGUCUUUUUGACUCCACGCGUUUGUAGCAGCAUCCCAACAGACCAUUACCAUAAAUGACAGACUGUUCUUUGAAAAACCUGAUUGUAUUCUGUAAUUUUUAACAUUUUUUUUUCCCUAAAAUUUCAUUGCAUUAAUUUCAGCUUCUAAAUUAGACUUGAAAAUGCCAAAAAUGGAAACUGGUCAGUUGCUGAUGACACAGUGUGAGCAGGUGGAGUUGUGGACCUGGACAGCUGCUCUUCAGCUGUUUGACGUCUCUCUUCACUCAUGUAGCUUCUGCCAUGCCUUAUGUAAAUGAAUGUAUUCACCACGUCUCAUCUGACGAAGCUGGAAACGCCACACUUCAAACGUGCACCACUUUCACAGCUGUUCCUGUUUCACUCACGAUGGCUGUUUAUAGUUUAGCACUGAAGAAAAAUCUGUGAAGUAUCUUAAAAGCAGAUUUUGUACACUGGGAAAGUUGAGCUUUUCGCUGUAUUUUUCAGAUAAUUAAGUAUAUGACAUUGAUUUUUUUUUUUUUUUUUUUUAAACUGUUUUAGUCACUAAGUGUAGACCCUCAUUCCAGUUUUGUGUAGUAAUUUUCAGUGGGAUGAUUUGAUUAUCUUAAAAGUUGACGUUGACUGUUUUACAGUGUCAUCUCACUAAGCAGUGACCAGUAUUUAUGCUCAGUGUAAUUGUUCAGUAUUAUGUUGUCUAAAAGUAUUGUAGCAAACAGUUGAUCAUAUAUUUUGACAAUAUGAUGACCGCAGCCAUUCGUAGAUAUGAUAUUGACUAUGUUGGCAGUAUAGUUACUACACAUGUCCUGUUUGGGCUUGUUUUCUUAGAGAAGCCGUAGAUAUUUACUCAUCAGACUGGGGAAACCUCAGAUUGUGAUGUCUCAAAUGCAAUUUUUCUAUAUACCUUUUUCUUCUGGAUACACUCAUGAUUCAGUAAAGCAUUGCUGCAAUAGGA